UGGCGAUGCGAAAGCAGAGGUCCUACAAUCUUAUCUGUAACAGCGCAAAACAGUAGAUUAUCGUCUCGUUCUGUAGCACCUUCUCUUUGUGAACUGCAGAAGAGUGUAUUAUUAUCUGGAUUGACAGCGGAUGGGUUUUAAUAAUGCUUAUACGCGGUGCUGAAGUCUCGCUCGUGACGAUCCUUAAAAGUGCGUCAUUGAGAAGCGUGAUGGUCAGCGGCUGAUUGUUACCUCAAAGCUCUGCUUAUGUCUGCAUUGGUGUUUUAGCUGCAGUAUGGCAGAGGAGCGAGUAAAGGACUCUCUCUCAGAGAAACACAGUGUGAGAUCAGGAUCAUGUGUGUCCAUCUCUGUGUCUCUGAAGAGUGACUGUUCUAAAGAUGAUCCACCAAAGUUCAGAGAGAAAACCCCAUCAUCUGCCAUCAGUGUGAGAUCAGGAUCAUGUGUGUCCAGCUCUGUGUCUCUGAAGAGUGACCGGUCAAAAGAGGAUCCACCAAACUUCAGUGAGGAAACCUCAUCAUCUGCUCAAAGUGAUGAAUAUGAGUUACCAGAUUCAGGAGCCAAGACUCACAGGAGACACAAGAGUUUCACAGACAAUCUCCAGUGGAUCUUUCAGAAUCUUGAGAGUAAAAUGAUCGGAUUUCUGAAGAAUGAACUGGAGAAAUUUAAGAAAAUCUUACAAGAAGAAAACAGUCAAGAGUUUGUAAAGGACUAUAAUGAGAACAGAAGCAGAAUCACAGAAGCAGCUCUUGAUCUCACACUCUUCUUACUGAGAGAGAUGAAGCAAGAUCAAGCUGCUGAUACUCUUGUGGAUGAGCUGUUCUUCAUCAAUCAGCUUAAAUGUAGCCUGAAGAAGAAAUAUCAAAGUGUGUUUGAAGGAGUUGCUCAGCAAGGAGACUCCAUACUUCUGAAUAACAUCUACACAGAUCUCUAUAUCACUCAGGGUGCGAGUGAACAGGUCAACACUGAACAUGAGAUCAGACAGAUUGAAGCUGCUUCCAGACGUCAUCAGUCACUAGAGAUAAAGGUUGAAUGCAAACAUUUGUUUGAAGCACCUGAACAAGACGAGCAGAUCAGAACUGUCCUGACAAGAGGCGUUGCUGGCAUCGGGAAAUCAGUCUCUGUGCAAAAGUUUGUUCUGGAUUGGGCUGAAGGAAGAGAAAAUCAAGACAUCAGCUUCAUAUUUCCUCUUCCAUUCAGAGAGAUGAACUUAAAGGAGAAAGAAAGACAAAGUUUAAAAGACCUCAUAAGUCAGUUUUUCCCAGAGACUAAAGGACUGAACCUUACAAGAAGGACACGAUUCAAAGUCCUGUUCAUCUUUGAUGGAUUGGAUGAAUGUCGUCUUCCUCUGAACUUUGCUGGUAAUGAGACGUGUCGUGAUGUAUCUUCAGCAGUCUCUCUGGAUGUUCUCCUGACGAACCUCAUCAAGGGAAAUCUGCUUCCUUCUGCUCUCAUCUGGAUCACCAGCAGACCAGCAGCUGCCAGUAAGAUUCCUGCAGACUGUAUCGACCGGCUGACAGAGAUACGAGGAUUCAAUGAUGACCAAAAGGAGGAGUACUUCAGAAAGAGACUCACAGAUCAGAAUCAGGCCAGAGAAAUCAUUGAUCACAUUAAACAGUCAAAGAGUCUCUUUAUUAUGUGCCACAUCCCAGUCUUCUGCUGGAUAUUAGCCACUGUUCUCCAGAAUAUAUUAAAACUGAAACACAGGGCUAAUGCUGAAACACUGCAGGAAUCUCCCAAGACUCUGACACAGAUGUACACACACUUUCUCCGCUUUCAGAUGCAGCAGAGUAGAAGAAAGUAUGAUGGAGAAAACACACCAGAUGUCUCCUGGGAUCAAAACCUCAUCCUUUCACUGGGGAAACUGGCCUUCCAGCAGCUGGAAAGAAACAAUGUGAUCUUCUAUGAGAGCGAUCUGAAAGACUGUGGCAUUGACGUCUGUAAGGCAUCUGUGUACUCAGGCAUGUGUACCCAGAUCUUUAAGGAGGAGACAGGAAUCAUUCUUGGUACCAUGUACUGCUUUCUUCACUUGAGCAUUCAAGAGUUCAUUGCAGCCCUUUAUCAACAUCUGUUUCUAGACAUCAACAAGAAGCAUGGAUGGUUUUUUAUACAGAAAAGCAAAACUAAAUGUAUGAUUGAUUUGCUGAAGACUGCAGUGGACAAGGCUCUGGAAAGUAAGAAUGGACAUCUGGACCUUUACCUUCGCUUCCUUCUCGGUCUGUCACUCCAGUCCAAUCGACAACUCUUACAAGGCCUGUUGACACAGCAGGAUGACAGAGACCAGAGCAAUGAGGAAAUAAUUGCAUACAUCAAGCAGAAACUUGAAGGACAUCUGUCUCCAGAGAGAUCCAUCAAUCUGUUCUACUGUCUGAAUGAACUGAAUGAUCAAACUCUGCUGAAAGAGAUUCAGUCUCACCUCAGUAGAGGAAGUCUGUCAUCUGCUGACCUUUCACCUGCCCAGUGGUCUGCUCUGGUCUUUGUGUUGUUGACCUCAGAGAAGGAGCUGGAGGAGUUUGAGCUUCAGAAAUUCCAGAGAUCAGACGAGUGUCUCAUCAGACUAUCAGCAGUCAUCAAAUCCUCCAAAAGAGCUCUGCUACAGAGCUGUAAUCUCACUGUUCAGUCUUGUGAGAGUUUGUCUUCAGCUCUACAAUCCUCAAAUUGUGUCCUGAGAGAGCUGGACCUGAGUAACAAUGACCUGCAGGAUUCGGGAGUGAAGCUUCUCUUUGAUGGACUGAAGAGUCCAAACUGUAAACUGGAGACACUGAGAUUGUCUGGCUGUAUGGUGACAGAGGAAGGCUGUGGUUUUCUGUCUUCAGCUCUGACUUCAAACCCCUCACACCUGAGAGAGCUGGAUCUGAGCUACAAUCAUCCAGGAGAUUCAGGAGUCAAGCUGCUCUCUGAACAACUGGAGGAUCCAAACUACACACUGGACAAACUCAAUCUGGAUCAUGGAGGAGACGCGAGGAUUACAGCAGGACCACAAAAAUAUGUCUGUUUCCUUACACUGGAUCUAAACACAGCACACACUCGUCUCAUUCUGUCUGAGGAGAACAGAGAGGUGAAGUGUGUGUUAGAGGAUCAGCCGUAUCCUGAUCAUCCAGACAGAUUUGAUGAUCAUCCUCAGGUGUUGUGCAGAGAGAGUGUGUGUGGACGCUGUUACUGGGAGACUGACUGCAGUGGAGAUUAUGUGGAAAUAUCAGUGUCAUAUAAGAGCAUCAGGAGGAAGGAACGAGUUGAUGAGUGUGUGUUUGGAUAUAAUGCUCAGUCCUGGAGUUUGUUCUGCUCUUCCUCCAGUUUCACAUUCAGUCACAAUAACACACACACUGUUCUCCCAGUGAAGCCACUCAGCAGGAGAAUAGGAGUGUUUGUGGAUCACAGUGCAGGAACUCUGAUCUUCUACAACAUCUAUAGAGACACAAUGAGCCUCAUCCACUCAGUCCAGACCACAUUCACUGAGCCGCUCUGGCCUGGGUUUAGGCUCAGUCCUGGAUCAUCAGUGAAACUGAACUGAAGACUGACGAGAGAUUUACCCACAAUCCUCUGCAGGAGCAGUCAGCAGCUGUGUGUGUGUGUGUGUGUGUGUGUGUGUGAGAGAGAGAGAGAGAGAGAGAGAGAGAGAGAGAGAGUGUGUGUGUGUGUGUGUGUGUGUGUGUGUGUGUGUGUGUGUGUGUGUGUGUGUCUGUCUUUAUGUGUAAUCUACCUAUGCAGUUUCCGGAAUUACCGAUGCAAGUGUUAAUAUGACUGAGUUAUAUGAACAUCUGAUGAGUCGAAGAAUAAAAUAGAGUUGUCAAGUAAAUCAGACUAAAUUUUGGGUACUAAAACUACAUUAAACAAAUCUUAGUUGGCUGAAUAUAUUUAGCAGCUUGUACAGUUUAAUACAAUAACUUAAUGUAGUUAGUCAAAUAAGUUACUAAUGUAUUCAAGUAAAUUACUCUUAAAGUCUGUUGGUGUAUGGGUUUCAUUAUUUACAUUUAAAUUACUCUCUGACUUCUUGUACUUUGUACUUCCUUUACUAUAUACUGUAAUACAGUAAAAGUGCUAUAUUUGAUGUCUUUUUAUAAGGAAGUAAAAUAAUUAAUUGGAACAACAAAGCCUCAUUUGAAUGAUGGUUGGUCUUUCCAGCCAGCUUUUGAAAAGACGAUCAAGUCCAUUUGGGGAUCCAGUGGCACAGUUGGGUGAGUGAGAAUUAGCGUGGCUGGUGGUCGACGCUCGACGGGGUACUUGGUGAGACCCAGGCCCCAGCCCGCCAAGCCAUGCCCGACGGGAGACCCCUUUUCCGGGAUGUCCCGCGCCUGGUGGUGCCUGUCCGGCGCUGAUUGUCUCUGACCUGCCAUCAGGAAUUCGGGAAAGGCGAAGAAAUGUGGACUUAGGUUUUGCCGGCUUUGCGUUUGA